CUCCGCCUUCAAAAUCUAGAUCAUCAUAUCAAUAAAAUUGAGAGCAGCUUUGUUGCAAAACUCCUGGCUGUAAAAUUCCCAAUUUUUGAGUGGAGUUGUCAGCUAUCGAAGAAUCGCAGGCAAGAUGCCUUCUUAUGAUGAGGAGACUUUUGAUUUACCUCUGGCAAAAAGGCAAAAACGUCUUGUAGAUGAGAAGAGUCCAAAGCGACCACAGGCCACCGGGUCCAAAGUCUUCUCCCCUUUUCGAACCUUAGGCCUAGUAUCUUCUACGGCAGUCCCAUUUACCUGCGUCCGUUUGGGGAAAGCUACAAUACAGAUUACAACGUCUGUAGGGCGUUCUUUACAGACUUAUGAUUUACGACGAGGUCUGAGUUUGAUAUUCGUCAGCCGGCCCCAGACGCCAGAGAUAAUCACCGCUACCUACGCAUGGCAGGAUAAAGUGUUUGCUGCCUGGGGAAACCUCCAACCUGGGACACAAGGGGGCAUUUGGGUCUUCAAACGUGGCAAGAUAAUUGCUUCUCUAGAGACACCGCCAAGUCUUGUUGAACCCAUUGAACGAUUGCUCGUUUUCGGCACGUGGAUUGUCGGCUGCUGCAAAAAGAGCAUAGAAGUAUGGAAAACUUCAUCUUAUGAACACUACACUACCUUGAUUCCUCAGUGCCCCGGUGAACACAUCUACACUGGUCAGAUGUGCAAUCUGCCAACAUAUCUUAAUAAAAUAUUUGUUGGGAGAUCCGAUGGGAGCGUUGACAUCUGGAAUCUUAGAACCGGGAAAUUUCUAUAUUCAAUCCUUCCCGCAUCUACAAAUCAUGGGCCUGUCACUGCUCUUCAACCUACUCCAGUUUUGUCACUCCUGGCAAUUGCUCACAAAAAUGGUGCACUGUCAAUCCAGAAUGUUGAAACAGAUCAGCUUGUCUUAUGCUUGAGAACAGCCUCAACAGAAGCCGCAACGACCACAUCGAUCGCGUUUCGAAGUGAUAACCUAGGCGCGGGCGAGGACGGCAGAAAAUCUGGCGUUAUGGCAACAGCAUGUUUGGACAGCGGCGAUAUUACAAUGUGGGAUUUGAACAACGGGGGGCGGGUAGCCGGUAUUCUGCGCAAAGCACAUAGAGUAUCUGAAAAUGAAGCAGGAUCGGGAAUAAACCACAUUGAAUUCCUGGAUGGACAGCCUUUGCUCGUUUCGUCUGGGAAAGACAACUCUCUCAGAACGUGGAUCUUCGAUGAGACACCUUUUUCCCCGAUUCCCAGGCCCCUUCAUUCAAGGAGUGGUCACUCUGCUGCAGUCACUGCUCUAGGUUUCUUGCCUGCUUCUUCAGAUGGUUCGGAAUUCAGUGGAAAAUGGUUAUUGAGUGCAAGCAAGGAUUGCAGUUUAUGGGGUUUCAGCUUACGAAAAGAUAGCCAGAAUACUGAGCUUUCACAAGGGAGUAUGGAAAAUAAAGCAAAGAAAAUGGGUGGUAACACGGGCGGAGGUACAAACAUUGGGACACUGAACGAUCUAAAGGCGCCAGAGAUAACAUGCAUUGCCUGUUCUCUCAACCGCGAUGGAGGAAUGGGCAUUACGACUUCGGGUUCUAUUUGGGCAAAUCCAAGAUUUACGAAUACAGACGCCUCCAAUACAACUGGCUGGGAAAGUAUAGUAACCGGUCAUCGUGGAGAUAAAUAUGCCCGCACCUGGUUUUGGGGUAAGAAGAAGGCCGGCCGCUGGGUGUUUGAAAGCGGCGACGGAACUGAUGUAAAGAGUGUGGCCAUUUCACAGUGCGGGACGUUCGCUUUCAUCGGGUCAGCAGGGGGCAGCAUUGAUAUGUUCAACCUGCAAUCUGGCUCACACAGACAGAGCUUUCCCGCUCGCCCACUCAAGCCGUAUGAUAGGAGGAAAACUGAGGAGGCAAAGCACACGAAAGCAGUUACUGGUUUAAUGGUCGAUGGGCUGAACCAGACAGUCAUCAGUUGUGGACUUGACGGGAAAGUCAAGUUUUGGGAUUUUAUCUCUGGGACACUCAUCGAUGAGCUCAAUUGGCAUCCAAUGGCCGCCAUUACUGGACUUCGAUACAGUAGCGCGAGCGAGUUGGUCGCCUUCAGUUGCGAUGAUCUUUCGAUUCGUGUCGUUGACAUUGAAACGAGAAAGGUUGUCCGAGAGUUCUGGGGAUGUGUGGGUCAAGUAAAUGACUUCACUUUCUCCAAUGACGGCCGGUGGGUUCUUGGUGCUUCCAUGGACUCUAUUAUCCGUGUAUGGGAUUUGCCAACUGGACACCUCAUCGAUGUCUUCCAUGUUUCUAGCACAUGCACCGCAUUAGCCAUGUCAUCAACGGGGGAAUUCCUAGCUACCUCCCACGCAGAUGGAGUCGGUGUCAAUAUUUGGACCAACCGGAGCUUAUUCAUACCUGUGUCGACAAAAAAUAUGGAUGAGAAUGACAUUCCAAAUAUUCAUACACCUACAAUGUCUAGUGAAUGUGGAGUGGGACUGAUCGAUGCUGCAUUCUCAGAAGAGCAUAUGCAGGAUGAGGCAGAAGGUCCAGUUCUCUCAACAGAGCAACUGAGUCAAGAUAUGGUGACAUUGAGCAUUAUCCCCAAAAGUAAAUGGCAGACUUUACUUCACUUGGAUAUGAUCAAGGAACGCAAUAGGCCAAAGGAUGCACCAAAAACGCCCAAAAACGCCCCAUUCUUUUUACCUUCUCCUUCCGAAGGAGCAAGUGCUCAUGAAAACAUUGGUAUUGAGCCAAUAGUUGAGAGUACUGCCGCCGAGCGUUCACGAAUCACCAAGAUGCAAAAUUCAAGCGGUGGGAGUCCUAUAGGGUCUCGCUUCACGUGUCUCUUACAAUCGGGCUGCCAAACUGGCGACUUCGAUCCAUUUAUCGAAUAUCUCAAAUCGCUGUCCCCAGCAAAGGCUGAUCUUGAAAUAAGAUCCCUGGAUCCACGAGUGCAAGAAGGAAGCUCUGAAUUGUCUGUUUUCAUCGUUGCAUUAACAAGCCGCUUACGACUGAAAAAGGAUUUUGAGCUUGUUAAUGCUUGGAUGGCAGUACUAUUGAAGAUACACGCUGAUACUUUGGGGAAUUGCUCUGAAGAGAAUACAGGUGAACACAAUAUAUUAAGGGAUGCUCUUAUUAUUUGGAGUCAAGAGCAACAGACAGAGAGCAAACGCUUGGCUGGGCUUGUGGGAUAUUGUCGCGGUGUGGUGGGAUUUUUAAGGUCAUCACGCUAAAAUCCAGCCGGAGCCAUCGUAAAGGUUGAUUAAGAUUAACUGCUGCUUUGUCUACGUAGUUUUAUUUACAGAUAGGACAACAAACAUGCCCCUGUUUUGGUACUUAGUAUGGAUUAUGAUAUUAAAGUGAAAUAAAUAGAAUCAGC